AUGAGCAUGAACGUAGAGCUCCACGACGACGCGGCUGGAUCGCCGGCUCUUGUGUCUCCAAGUGAACACUUUUUCUUCCAGAUUCAGCACGUGACGCUCAAAGUCGAGAGUGGCACUGGCUAUCCAGGUCAAGGAGGUUGUUUCUACGGCGGCCGAGGACGGUGCUACGUGUCACAGUAUCGCCUCGUGUUUGUGUCGGAUCGAUCACGCGAGCAUCGUGCGUACCAGUCCUUCUCUUUGCCGUUGUAUGGUAUUCGUGACUGGCGCUUUGAUACGAGCUUCUUUGGUGCAAAGAGAUGGACUGGUCGCGUCAAUUGCGUUCCGGGUGGAGGACUUGUUGGCAGUACUGGUUUUGAAGAGUUUCGCAACCACGUGCUGCCAUUGCUGGAAGACUCGAGGGCAUUGCUUCGUCAGUUCCACGACCUUUCGACUCCAUCCGUGCUGAUGAUACCAGGAAAAGCAGAUGGACAAGACGACAGUUCACGGAGGUUCGCGUACUGCUCAGCUGCUGAUCCCUUUACGCUAUUCAUCGUUAAGAAACCUCCUGCAAGCAGCUCCGCGCAUUGA